UCCCCCCCCCCCCCCCGAGCACGUAGGAGCCGGGCUGGGGAGCAACCAGCAGCCACAGGAGGCCCGGGAGAAGUAAAUAACGCUCCCUUUCCGUGCUUCCCACUCUAGCGUGUCCCUUUCUCCAAUUGUAGAAGAGGUUUAUAGGAUCUGUGGGGUCUUUUUGUACAUAGGCACGUGUAACGAUUCUGGGCAUGUGGCUACUGAAAGCGUAAAUGGAAUUUAACAGUAGUGUACAUUUAUGAAUGCUGCUAGGCCAACGAUGAACAAAGACAAGGUAAUGUUGGGGCAGAAGGUGGGAUUAGGAGCAGUGGAAUAAGAUGAGGAGUGGGAAGUUGUGUUUCUGCAGAAAUCUUCAAAGAGGGCAAGCCUUUCUAGGCAAUGGAACAGGCUUUAGACAAAACAGACAGACUGUAAUUUUUGUCAAUUAGUGUACUUCAAUGAGGCAGAGAAAUUUUCAUCUACCUAUUUCAGGGAGUGGCUUUUUACCAGCAGGACGCCCACAUAUCUCGCCACAUCACAUCUCAGUUAAUCCCUUCUUCCUUAAUAGUGGGGUGGAGUUUUCAAACACAGCAAAUCCUAUUGUCAGUUUGUAGGUGGCUAUGUUGGUUCUGUCUCAGUAGGCAUAUACCACUGAAAACAAAGUGUGCUGCGGGGAAAGUGAUGCAAUGCAGGGAACGCUUAAAGUUUUGGCCUGAAACGUAUACACGUUAAAACCUUGGGCUAAAAGUCAUUCGGAACUGUAUUUUUGUUUGUUUAAAGAUGAUCUCUGAUUACAAAGGAAUUUGGGUUUUGAUAACAUUCCUACGAAUUAUUUUCUCAACAGUUUCCAUAUGCAUGGAUAUCACCUGAAUCUUCUUACAAGAGCUUAAAUUGUUCGUAAACUUACCCUAAACAUGAGUGGCUCCAAACCUGAUAUUCUGUGGGCCCCACACCACGUUGACAGAUUUGUUGUAUGUGAUUCGGAAUUGAGCCUUUAUCACAUUGACUCUGCUGUAAGUUCAGAACUCAAGGCAGGGUCCUUGCGGUUAUCGGAAGAAACUACAGCCACGCUUUUGUCAAUAAAUUCAGAUACUCCGUAUAUGAAAUGUGUGGCUUGGUAUCCAAAGUAUGAUCCUGAAUGUCUCCUUGCUGUUGGACAGGCCAACGGUCGAGUGGUACUUACUAGCCUCGGUCAAGAUCACAACUCAAAAUCUAAAGAUUUGAUAGGCAAAGAGUUUGUCCCUAAACACGCACGGCAAUGUAAUACCCUUGCAUGGAACCCACUAGAUAGUAAUUGGCUUGCUGCUGGGUUAGAUAAACAUCGGGCUGAUUUUUCAGUAUUGAUCUGGGAUAUCAGUAGCAAAUAUGCCCCAGAGACUGCAGUUGCUACAGAGAAAGUAAGACUUUCAGCAGGAGAUCCGGAAGCAGGACUGGUCGUAACAAAGCCACUGUAUGAAUUAGGACAGAAUGAUGCUUGUCUUUCUCUCUGUUGGCUUCCACGGGAUCAGAAGCUGCUUUUAGCUGGAAUGCAUCGAAAUCUAGCUAUCUUUGAUCUGAGGAACACAAGCCAAAAAAUAUUUGUAAACACCAAGGCUGUCCAAGGAGUGACUGUUGAUCCCUAUUUCCACGAUCGUGUAGCUUCCUUCUAUGAAGGUCAGGUUGCCAUAUGGGAUUUAAGAAAGUUUGAAAAGCCUGUUUUGACCUUGACAGAGCAACCAAAACCCUUAACAAAAGUUGCGUGGUGUCCAACAAGAACUGGACUGUUAGCUACUUUAACAAGGGAUAGUAAUAUCAUUAGACUGUAUGACAUGCAGCAUACUCCCACCCCUAUUGGAGAUGAAACUGAGCCAACAAUAAUUGAAAGAAGUGUCCAACCGUGUGAAAACUACAUUGCUUCAUUUGCCUGGCAUCCCACGAGUCAAAAUCGAAUGGUGGUAGUGACUCCCAAUAGGACUAUGUCUGACUUCACAGUUUUUGAAAGAAUUUCUCUUGCAUGGAGUCCAGUGACAUCCUUAAUGUGGGCUUGUGGACGACAUUUAUAUGAGUGUACAGAAGAAGGAAAGGCUAGUUCCUUGGAAAAAGACAUAGCAACCAAAAUGCGGCUCAGAGCUCUGUCAAGGUAUGGUCUUGAUACUGAACAAGUUUGGAGAAAUCACCUCCUAGCGGGAAAUGAAGAUCCUCAGCUGAAAUCGCUUUGGUACACUCUGCAUUUUAUGAAGCAGUAUACUGAAGAUAUGGAUCAAAAACUUACAGGAAACAAAGGUCCCUUAGUUUAUGCUGGCAUUAAAUCAAUUCUGAAGUCAUCUUUGGGAACAACAGAGAACCUCAGGCACAGCAGGAGUGGAUCUGAUAGACAAGCAGAUAUUAUUCAGUAUCUGAGUGAGGAGAGAUCCUUGGCUUUGCAGCUCUGUGGGUGGAUAAAGAAGGGAACAGACUUAGAUGUGGAACCUUUUUUAAAUUCGUUGGAACAGGAAGGAGACUGGGAGCGAGCUGCUGCUGUAGCACUUUUCAACUUGGACAUACGGCGAGCAAUACAAAUUCUAAAUAAAGGGGCUUCCUCGGGAAAAGGUGAUCUGAACCUUAAUGUAGUAGCAAUGGCUCUGUCAGGCUACACGGAUGAGAAGAACUCACUUUGGAGAGAAAUGUGCAGUACUCUAAGACUGCAGCUGAACAAUCCCUACUUGUGUGCUAUGUUUGCUUUCCUGACAAGUGAGUCUGGUUCAUAUGAUGGUGUUUUGUAUGAAAAUAAUGUAGCUGUACGAGACAGAGUGGCAUUUGCUUGCAAGUUCCUCAACGAUGCUCAGCUGAACAGGUUUAUUGAAAAGCUGACGAAUGAAAUGAAAGAUGCUGGGAAUUUGGAGGGAAUACUGUUAACCGGGCUGACAAAAGAUGGAGUCGACUUGAUGGAAAGUUAUGUUGACAGAACGGGCGAUGUCCAGACAGCAAGCUAUUGCAUGCUACAGGGUUCUCCAUCAGAUGUACUUAAGGAUGAGAGGGUUCAGUACUGGAUCGAGAACUACAGGAAUCUUUUGGAUGCUUGGAGAUUUUGGCAUAAACGUGCAGAAUUUGAUAUCCACAGGAGUAAGCUGGAUCCCAGUUCAAAGCCUUUAGCCCAGGUGUUUGUGAGUUGCAAUUUCUGUGGAAAAUCAAUCUCUUACAGCUGUUCAGCUAUUCCUCAUCAGGGGCGAGGUUUUAGCCAAUACGGAGUUAGCGGUUCACCAACUAAGUCAAAAGUUACAAGCUGUCCUGGUUGCCGUAAACCCCUUCCUCGCUGUGCACUUUGCUUGAUAAAUAUGGGAACACCAGUUUCCAGCUGUCCAGGAGGAUCCAAGUCAGAUGAAAAAGUGGAUCUUAGCAAAGACAAGAAGUUAGCCCAGUUCAACAACUGGUUUACUUGGUGUCACAACUGUAGGCAUGGUGGACAUGCUGGACAUAUGCUUAGCUGGUUCAGGGACCAUACUGAGUGCCCGGUUUCUGCUUGCUCCUGUAAGUGUAUGCAGCUGGAUACAACAGGGAAUCUCAUUCCAGCAGAGACUGUCCAGGCAUAAAUAUUGUUUGAAAACGUGGGGCUCUCUGAUGGAUGUCCAUCAUAGUCCAAGCAUAUAUUUUAGACAAAAGUCAUUUGUGACUUACUGACUGUGAAAAAAUAAAUUGCUAUCAGAUUAGUAAAAUGAUGUGUGUCUGACUGUGCUUGGUAGAAACAGGUAUUCCUGAAAUGAGCCUCUGGGUAUAGCAUAUGGUCCUUGUUCAGAGGAUUGAAGCAGUUCAGUUCAAAAGCACUCCUGGAAUUGUGGACUCUUUGGAUUUGCUAAAAUCCAAAGAACUUUAUUAAAAGUUUUCAGGGUAAUGCUGAUGGGCCCUUUUAUUUGUUUUUCUAAACAAAGCAGUGUUUCUAUGCUGUGAAAGUGGGCCUUCAAAAUAAACACCUGAAAAGUGUUCUUCAGAAGAUGGCAAAGUGAUGCUGUGGAUUCCUCUGUUCAUUGUUUGAUUACACUUUCUUGUAUGCAAAUGAUCAUUUCCUUGUAAGUUCAUUCAAAGUGCCGCUGUUAAUUGUAUUCUAAAGAUUUUUAUUUUAAAGAAAAAUCCAUUUCUUUCUGUUACCAAGUUUUGUUAAUAGUAAAGCAAUAUCUUUGCAAUUCAAAAUCUUACUUGCCUACGUACCUAGCCGAUGUGAAUUUUAAUGAUAAAGAAUUUGAGGGGUUUGUCUCCUAGCAAUGUUUAUAUCCUAGAGAAGAGUUCCCUGAAAGGUCAUGUGUGUUUCAGUGCAGAAUGCAGGUAAACUAUAGGAGGUUUCAUUUGAUUAAUUUUUAAGGUAGUGCUGUAAAGAUCUGAAAUCUUAAGGACUGGAGACUUGUAAAUAUUUAAGUUUUAAACUACUUAAUGAAUUUUGACUUCAAAAAUAUUUGAAGACUUUUGGAUAAUCAGCAUUUCCCUGUACUUCUGAAAUACGCUGGGAAGUGUGAAAUCAACCUAUAAAAAUCCUGCUUCUGGUCACUAGCAGACACCAGUCUGCUCCCAAAAGGAUGCACAAUUUUAAGUCAUUGACCAGAAGUAGUUAUGUUACCAGCUGGAAUUAAGAUUAUUAACUUGAGAGAGAGUCAAUGAUAUUUUGCUAAUACUGUGCUAGGAGCUAAUGUGUAUUGUUGUCCUUGGUUUUGUAGGCAACAAAAUUCACACAAAUUAGGGGAAAAAAAACCUGUUUUAAGGUAUGUGAUAAUAACAUCAGUUUAUUUGGUGUGUGUUUAUUUACCAGUAGAAACAGUAUAUAAGUUACUUAACACUUGUGUGCUAUGAAAUACUAAAUGGAAUGCUAGCAAUAAACUGGUACCGUAUUGCCAGGACUGUGAAAAUUGGUGUUUAAAAAGAGAAUAUAUUGUAAUAUACCACUUGUUCUAAGAGCUCUAGUGUAGUUGCAACAAGUUAGAACGUGGAAUGUUUUCUGUAGAUGUACAUGAUUACAUUCAGGACUUUGGGUUAUAUUUUCUGAUUUAGCAUUAAUGUUGUAAUACAUCUGCUACAUUUAUUCUCAUCUAAAUUUCUUGCCUAAUUGACAAAGAUCUUUUUAAAGUUAAAAAUCUAAGAGGUACUUGAUAUUUGUAGGCAUGGGAGAGCAGUUACUUUUUUUUCUUGUUAGCAUAUUUAUUUCACUUUCCAGUAUUCUUGCACACUUAAUGUUGCUGUUGAAGAGCUCUUCAAAAUGUUCUCCAUUUAUAUAUGUAAACUGGGGUUUAAUGUAUGAUACCCUAUUUAUAUAAAUACAGGCAAUAAAACUUUUGCUUUAUGGAAAUGAGGAUUUGUAAGUGUCAAGGAUAUGUUUUUAUUCCUCUGUAGCAACAACAUUUAGUAAAUUUUCCUGAUAAAUUCCAUGGCCAGGUGAAUGCAACUACUAACAUACAAUGUCUCAUUUUCUUAUUUAAAGAAAACUCAUUUGUAACAUUUUUGACUUGACUAUACCUGUUUGUGUCAAAUUCUAUCAUUUAAUUAA